UUAUACAACCAUUUUUGUUUGAGAGAAAAAAGUUAAACAAACAAGUAGGAACCCCAAAACCCUCCAAUACCAACUCUGUAAACAUGGGGAAGAAGAAGAAGCAGCGGCUGACAACAGAUGCAGAAACCGAACCGGAAUCAAACCCAAUCAAUGGCAACAUCGAUGAUUCUCACAGUAACAAGAAGCUUAAGAAGAUUAAGAAGAACAAAACAAACGAGGAGAUACCCACUGUUAGCAUAGCUGUUCCCGCUUCCAUCAUUGACAACGUUCCAACUCUCGAACUCGCUACUCGGCUGGCUAGUCAAAUCGCUCGUGCCGCGGCUAUUUUCCGAAUCAAUGAGGUGGUUGUGUUUGACAAUAGAAGUAAUACCGACAAAGGUUAUACCGCGCUGGAUAAUUCUGAUGAUGAAAGUAGUUCGGUUUUUCUCGUGCGUAUCCUGCAGUAUCUUGAGACACCUCAGUAUUUGAGGAAGGCUCUUUUUCCAAUGCAUAACAGCUUAAGAUUUGUGGGGAUGCUGCCACCCCUUGAUGCUCCACACCAUUUGCGCAAACACGAGUGGGGUCCGUAUCGGGAAGGUGUCACGAUAAAAGAAAAACAUUUAAACUCCGGGGCAACACUAGUUGAUGUUGGCUUAUUUAAGCAUGUUGUAGUUGACCAAAUACUUGAACCCGGAAGAAGAGUUACUGUGGCCAUGGGCGCCAACCGCAAUUUGGAUUCUGAUUUACCACGCGAGGUUGUCUCAUCAUCCAAGCCUAGGGAAGAAGGAGCAUAUUGGGGAUAUCAAGUGCGUUAUGCUCGCAAUAUUAGCUCAGUAUUUUGUGAAUGUACAUACAAGGGUGGCUAUGAUUGUAUAAUUGGUACCUCUGAGCAUGGUCAGAUUAUUAAGUCAUCUGAGCUUGAAAUACCAUCCUUCAGACAUUUAUUGAUUGCCUUCGGCGGAUUGGCUGGUUUGGAAGAGAGUGUUGAGGAAGAUGAUAACUUUAAGGGAAAAAAUGCAAAGGAAGUGUUCAAUUUAUAUUUAAAUACAUGUCCACAUCAGGGGAGUCGAACAAUUCGAACAGAGGAGGCUAUUCUUAUAUCUCUUCAGUACUUCCAAGAACCAAUAAGCCGAGCAAUGUUGGGUUGAGUAUUGUUGUUGUAGUCUUAAAAUUUAUGUAGUCCAGGCAUUUUUUUUUGGUAGAGUGUAGUCCUGGCAUUUGAUUUUCCAAAUUAUAUAUAUGUAAUAACAUUCAGAAAUAUUUAUUACUAGUUGUCGCACCAAAGAAGCACCGAUGAAACUCCAAUUAUAUUUGUGUAGAUCACGUUAGUUAAACUUUAGUUUGUCGUGUAUGUUAGUUGGGGAUUAACAGAAGACCAACAUGGGUUACAGAAAAUAAUAGGUUGACAAUUUUUAUUUGUA